CGGCCACGAAGGUGCCACUUCACACCUCGGACUCGCAUAAAGCCAGGCCGGCCGGGAGCCGCCGGCACACGGCCCCGCAGCCGCAGCCAUGGCAGAACCCGGCCUCCCGCUGCUCCCCACAUCCCUGCUGCAGCACUGGGGCUGCCGCGGCCCCCCGGACCCCGAGGGCUACAGCAGCAGCUCGCCCGCAGCCUCGCCCGACUCCUGCGGCCUCUCAUCGCCCGCCGCUGCCCGGGGACCCCGGAGCGGCCCCGCUGCCCCGCGCGGCCCCAGGGGCAGGAAGGGAGCGCGGGGAGCGGGGGGCCCGCGGCAGAGCGCCAGCGAGCGGGAGAAGCUGCGGAUGCGGCGGCUGGCGCAGGCCCUGCUGCGGCUGCGGCACUACCUGCCGCCCGCGCUGGCGCCCGCCGGCCAGAGCCUCACCAAGAUCGAGACCCUGCGCCUGGCCGCCCGCUACAUCGCGCACCUCUCGGCGCUGCUGGGGCUCAGCGAGGAGGCGCUGGCCCGGCGGCGGGGGGCGGCGCCCCGGCACUGCCCGCUCUGCCCCCAGGGCCUGGGGUGCUGCCGGAGCCCGGACCCCCGCCCGCUCCCGCCCGCCCCGGCCCCGCGCGCUGCUUCGCCCCCCGGCGCCGCGGGCUGGGGGUCACCUCCCGUGGCCGGGCCCCCCCCGGAGCUGCUCGGGGCUGGCGGCGUGGGGCCGGGGGCCUGGGGGUCGUCACCUCCCUGUGGCGCUGCAGCAGGGCCCCCCCCGGAGGUGCUUGGGGUUCCAGACAUGGGGCCGGGAGCCUGGGGGUCGCCCCCCUACAUCCCUUCGAUGAGGACCCCCCCGGAGCUGUACGGAAGCGCCGUCACCUCCGACACGUGCUCGUGGCCAUCCCCCCUUCAUGGGGCAGGAGCUCCUCCGGACCUCCCUGGAGACCCCCUCCUGGAUGCGGGGCUGACGCUGCCGGAGUUUGUGGAUGCAGGGACUGUCACCCAGGACCUGUCUGCAGACCUGCUCUCCCUUUUAGAAGCUCUGCUCCCGCCGCAGCGCCAGGACUGACCCGGUCAAACCCCAGCUGCCCGGUGCUAUGCGGCCCCAUGACACACUACAUGGAUGAAACAGCUCGGGG